ACAUUUACCGAUGCACUCGCGUUAUGCACUUCCUGUGAAGAGUCCCUUUUGUUUUGGGUCACACACACACACACACUUUAGCUGUUAGCUAGCAGGCUUGUGCAGGUCCUCAGACACACAAACACAACGUUCAUCGCCUCCAUGUCACGGUUAACACGUGCCGAGGGAACACCAGGAGCGGACUCACACAGCUGUCACUGUUAUUAUUAGCUAAGUGUUUAGUUAGCGAGAUUAGCAUCAACAGACAUGGGGAGAUAUUUAGCAAUGUACUCGGAUAUCUGUUUAACUCGGUCUCUCGUGGGUUGAGUGUUUAACUUCUUCUUCACAGAGACUCGUCUGUCUGAACCAAGAGAAAACAGGAACCAGCUCUGGUCUUCCCAAUGGGCGAGGAGAAACCGGAGACGCUGGAUUUCGUCAAGGACUUUCAGGAGUAUCUAAGCCAACAAACCCAACAUGUGAACAUGAUCUCAGGCUCCGUCAGCGGUGUGAAGGACACGGAAGAUGUUCCGACAGAUCUGGGACACAAUGGACUGGAUCAUCCACCAGUGGACAUUUCUCUGGAGGACGGGUCCAACAUGCUGGUGGAUGGCUUCGAGAGGACAUACGACGGGAAGCUGAAGUGUCGUUACUGCAACUACGCUACCAGAGGAACGGCGCGGCUCAUAGAGCACAUCCGCAUCCACACGGGGGAAAAGCCUCAUCGUUGUCAUCUUUGUCCCUUCGCCUCUGCAUAUGAGCGCCACCUGGAGGCGCACAUGCGCUCUCACACUGGUGAGAAACCAUAUAAAUGUGAGCUGUGCGCGUUUCGCUGCAGUGACCGCAGCAACCUUUCGCACCACCGACGCAGACGCCACAAAAUCCUUCCCACUAAAGGCACUCGCUCAACUCCUCCUUCUCACCGCCGAACAAUCUCAGCGCUGUCCAAACGGGGCGGGGCUUUUGCGUACGGUCGUCGCAUUCUCGUCGACCUCGGCCUGCACAGGAAAAGCGACGCAGACGAGAACGGCGGCGCAAACGACGAGCGAAACGACCUGCACAGUCCCUACAUCAGCUUAGCUGCAAAAGAUGUAGAGAAAACGAACGAUUUGGAACAUAACCCUCUUAGUCAGCUCUCUGCACUGGCUGGGCAACUUUCCAGCCUCCCUUCUGAGACGCCGGCUUCCCCUGGGGCAGAUUCUCUACCCGAAGAAAAACCCUCUUUCCUCAUACAAUCGUCACCCGCUAUUUCCAGCAACGUCUCCUGUCCCAUUGUGACUCUCACGUCGAUGCCGGACAUUCGGGACACGGCCCACGGGGGGCAGUGCAGCGACCGAACGAGCACGCCUAGUAACAGUGGCACUAACAGCCAGCCCGGAACACCGAACCCGAGCCACGAGCCGCAGUUGCUCCACCAUUGUCCCCACUGCCACAUCUACUUCCCAGAUAAUGUUCUCUACACUAUUCACAUGGGCUGCCAUGGCUAUGAAAAUCCUUUCCAGUGUAACAUUUGUGGGCACAGGUGCAGAAACAGGUACGACUUUGCCUGCCACUUUGCCCGGGGACAGCACAAACAGUAAACCUCUGGAGCUCGGAAGAGACCGGAAGUUUUUCCAGCCAGCGUUACCGUAGGAUGUCGUAGUUAUGUACAGAUCUGAGAACUGAGACGCCUUAAGCGUAGGAUACUCUGAUGACUCUAACCCCAUUUAUGUUCUAAUAAAACAUGGCUGUAAACCAUCCACCUCUGGAUGGAGCAGAACGGUCCAAUCAGAUGACCGGACACAGGAAGUGUGCGUUUUUAUCCGCUUAGCUUCCAAACAGCGGCUCAGAAUGUUACCACGGGAACCCGUGUGUAGGGAAUGAAAUGUUUCCACGUGCCUUCUUAGGCAUUGCCUGAAUUCGCUCAAAUGAUCAUAUACGUUACCGCAGAAGCUAAAUUACUUGUGCACCCGCCGUCGGGUUUUACUUUACACUUCCUGUUUGGAUUGGACUGCUGUGACGCAGGACGCAGGAUUGUGUUGUAACGCUUCGCGAGACACGUGGAGAAUCAGGAUGGAACCGGCUGGGGUUCCACUUUCUGGUCAGAAUAGAAAAAAGUAUAUCUUAAUUUAUAAUCUAUUUCCUGUUUAUAUGAAGUUAAAAACGUGAACCUUUUAUGUACUUUGUGUAGAUUUUUGCGAUCUUACACUUUUUUAUUUUAAUCAGGCAGCUACCGGACACCCGUGAAUCCCUGAUCUAGCUCACGAAGUGAACGGUGAUUAUAAGUAUUGAACGAGGCACACGUCGAAAUUUAGGAUACAUGAUACUGUCACAGAUGAUGGUAGUAAAGUGCAGUAUGGUGACGAUAUCCGCUGCACUGAGCUAAUUAUCGUGGUUGGUCGGCACACGACUAUUACUGAACGGGCGUUUGUAGCUAUUACAAUCAUGUUACAUGUUUAAAAAUGUCCACAGUGUCUUUAACCAAUCAGAGAAGUGGUAGCUCAGAGGCUAAAGCAUGGGGACAUUGAAUAGAAGGUUGUGAGAUCAAAUCCCAGCAACACAUUUGGGCUCUUGAACAAGACCCUUAACUCUCGACCCCCUCAGGUGUAUCUCAUCUCAUCAGUCAGUCACUUUGUGUAAAAGCCUCAGUGGAAUCAAGAUUCGAGAGUUUUACUGUCACGCGCACAGCGAAAACACAACGGUUUAGAUCAUACAAUCAAAUUCUCCCUUACAAAAAGAAUAAAAAUAAAUAAUAGAUAUGAAAUGUAUGGAAAACUAAACAGAGUAAUAUUCAAAUGGUCAAAUGCAUACAAGUUUUUAAUGUCUAAAGUUUAUGGCUUUCCUUUUGCACCAGAGUUACACAGCUUCACACUGUACGUUGCAUUCUAACCAGGAAGAGCCUCAGUGGCUGUUCACCAUCACCUCCGUCAUACAGUUCUGGUGUCUCACUAAAUAGCCUGUUGGUUAAAUAUCAUGCAGUUCUGGACUGUAGGGUCAAUAAUGAGUUGUGUUUUGCAGUCAUUAGCCCUAUUCGGACGGGAUUAGUUUUAUGCGGGGACGUGGAGUAAUGCAAUUUUACCUCAGGACGUCUGUAAUAUUAAUUGGCCAAUUCGCACGGGACAAGACAUCUCAGUAAAACUAGCAGAAGUGGGAGGGGUAACUCGCUUUACGAACCACAGUAACCUCCUUGUCGUCAUGUGCGUAUGACGUUGCUUCCUGUUAUUACGUGCGCAAACAGACAACAUGGCGCCUCCAUGCUUGCAAAACGCGCCAAAAACUACUUUUAAACAGGAAAUGACAGAAUUUUACCGUACAUAUUUACAGCGGCUCUAUUCGGACGGGAUUAGUAUUACCUGAGGUCAUUUUUCCGGACCUUUUUACAGAAGGUAAAAGUCGCCGUAAUCUUUACUGACAUUGUCCGUAAUGAUUACCGAGAUGGCACAUUCGGACGGGACUAAAAUCACAGAGAAGCUCUGAUAAUUACUUUACCCCUAAUACUAAUCCCGUCCGAAUAGGGCUAUUGAGCCAGUUGCUUUUUCCUAUCAAACCGAGACCUCCAAUAGCUUUCUCUAUGCUAAGGUCUGAUCUGUCUCAGGGAUCGCAAAAUCGUUAGCGUGACGUCCGGGGGCUGUUGUGUGUUCCAGCCGGGAUACUAAAAUGUAUCUCCACCCUGCCUGUGGGUCUCUCUCAUAGAGACAGUGUUUACGCUACAUUCAUUUUGCCACGAUCGGCAGAACAAACAUCACCGGAGCUGCAGGUUCUCAGUAAUUUACAGCAGAGAAGACAAGGGUGUUGCACGGCGUACACUAAGAGCAGCGACACGUCUUUCAAAUCGAGAGUAUGGACAGCCGCGGUGCCACUCGUCGGUUCAGAACACUGUUCCAAAUCCUGCAGCGCCUCUUACAUCACUCUCACUCACUCUCACUCGUCAUCUACUGCUUAUCCGAAAUACCUCGGGUCACGGGGAGCCUGUGCCUAUCUCAGGCGUCAUCGGGCAUCAAGGCAGGAUACACCCUGGACGGAGUGCCAACCCAUCACAGGGCACACACACACACACACUCUCAUUCACUCACGCAGUCACACACUACGGACAAUUUUCCAGAGAUGCCAAUCAACCUCCACAGCAAACUCCACACACACAAGGCGGAGGCGGGAAUCGAACCCCCAACCCUGGAGGUGUGAGGCGAACGUGCUAGCCACUAAGCCACCGUGCCCCCCCCUUACAUCACCUCCUAUGAAAUUACACUAUAUUUGUAUUAAAUUGUUGUUAACGAACAUAAUACUUACGUAAUAACAUGCGUGCGCUAAAGUAACGUAAAAUAACGCAACACUUUCCCUUUAGGUUUAAAACUUUAAACUCGUUGACGCCACUUUCUUCAUUCGCAAUGGAGAUAAUAAUGAGAUCAUUUUUGUUACAUCAUUUUGAUGUUUUGUCUCCUUUACAAUAUUUUUUAUUAAAAAUAAUGUUGUUUGUGUGCCUGCCGAAGGGCUACCAGGGAGUGUGAAAUUUUGCGAGCCCUGCGUCUCAUUGUGGAAGCCCUUUACAACGGUGGAGCCCCAGUUAUUGCACACCACCACCUCCAACACACAAUUGUGUGGUGUCUCAGAAAGCAGUGUGUUCGCGGUCGCUGGUGAAAUCCAAGAUGAUGAUUCUGAGAAUGGCUAAUUUAAUCAUGUAGGUCAUUCUCCAUCUCCAUCUCGUACUGCUUGACCUCCAACAGUUAAAGUCUUUCAUUGGCUUGAAAAUCCACUAUCCCUUCCUUUGUCUGUUUUUUCCUGAACCACAAGGUUUCCACCAGCCUCUUCUAGCCUGUACUCUUACUAGUCUCACAUGCUGCCAUGGAGGGUCCAUCAGAGAACUUCUGCAGGAGGUAAAAACUGUGUUGUUUUGGAUGUCUGAUGGAAUGAAACACAGGACGAUGCCGGUCUUGAGUUCUGGUGUCUCACAGACUGUGGCCAGUUGAUCAGGUAGUCCAUGAUCCAGGUUACUGUAGGGACACUGAGCUUGUUCCCCAGUCAGAGAGGCAGAAAUUAAAGAACAUGAUGUUGACAAUUGGUCUCUAGAACAUGGAGAUCAGAUCAUCCUCCACAUCCAGGUGUUCCAAACCGUACGAGUUCCUGAUGGUCCAGGAACAAAAUCCUGGAAGCAAAAAUGUCUCUGAUCGGCUACAUCCUAAAGGGACACUGUGGACAUUUAAAGUUUAAGCCGACUUAAAUCAGUGGUUUUAAAUCGUUUUUUUAUUUGUGACUGUCUGCUUUAGGGUUUAACCUUAAGCCUGCUUUUAAUUCGUGUUAGAUUUAGCUAAAUGGUACCUGGAAUAAUCUCAUAUACUUUUUUAAUUUUACACAAUUUUUGUGUGAGUUCCUGCUAAUUCUGUAGAUUUAGAAGCGAUUAUAAUAAGUCUUAAUAUCCCAGAUAAAUUAGUUAGAUCACUCAAAUUAACACUUAAUAGCUAUUUCUAUUUAUUUAUUUUCCUAAACAAACAACAUACUUCGGAGGCACUCAACAUUUUUUAGCGUUACUGGUGUUUGUGUGAAACUUUUCAUCAUGGCUACAAGCUGCGAUCUAGUUCGCUAAGAUACACUCGCAAUAAUAAAACACUUUGGGUGUUGGAGAUUCUAGUUAAAUGACAUGAUGGUGUUAAGCUUUGUAUCAUAACUGUAUGCUAACUAGUAUUGGUGGUUGCCAUAGGAACAACCUUCUCACUCUGCCACUUUUACACGUGAAUCUGAGGUGUAAUUAGUUGCAAGUCAAAAGCGAUUAUUUAUAGCCAGUCUGUAUAGUAAUCUCAGAAGCUAAGCUCCGCCCCAGAGUUGAUGUCAUAGUCAGCCAGCCAAUCAGGAUAUAGAGUUCAGACUCUAUGCCACGACUCAACCUCAAGGUUUUACUUGACAUCCAGACCACGAUCACCUUCCGCUUUAACGUCGUCUAACUCUGGUAGCAAUAACAUCGGCCCGCUGUGGCGUCACAGAGUACUGAUGUCUCCCAGGAUUAAAGGAAGAACUUCACCAACCAACACAUCAGAAGCAGAAACACUACACACACCACAAAUGAGUUUUUUCCCCUGAGAGCUGCAGGAGGCGGAGCCAGUGACGGGUGAAACAGGUUCUAUUUAAAAAGCAGUACAACGGCACGUGGCACGGACACAUUUACCACUUGUCCUGUAAGUGGUUUUAUGCACGUUCUGUAACAAGCUUCAGCAGAUAUCUCCUGGCCUGGUGCUACCUAGGUAACCAUAGCAACAGGCAGAGAAUUUCGGACGCGCCCAAGGUGGAAAACUAUAAUGUCGUAGACAAACCAAAAAGAAACCUGCUAGCUAACGGUGAAGUUAGCAUUAGCUCAACUCAUUGCUAACACAUGCACAGUCAUUGUCAAGGCAGUUGGACUUUUCCUUUCCCUUUUUGUUUCUUCACUGGCCCUCUCUCUUCUUUCAGUAUCUGCCUCUCGUUUUUUCUUCUUUAAUCUUUGUAUACGUUCGUGUUCGGCUCUGUCACAAUUAUUAAAGGUGAGGAGCGAAACACUGUGUGGUUUUGUUACAGGAAAAUAAUCAACGAUGCUGCGGUGUGAUGAAGUGGUGAUCACACACACACACGCACACACACACAGUGUUGUUCCACUCAUGUCUCAGCAAGUUGCCAAGAGUUUUUUUUUUUAUUAAUGACAGAAUAUAAUCCUUUUUCGGUACAUUUAUCGUCGAGGUACAUCUGCGAAACGUGUUGCAUUCUGAUUGUUCCGUCAUGUUACGGAUGUGACAGAUCUGUCUCUGCUUUAUCUUGAUGUUAAACCAUGUUUGUGGUGCUUUAAAUAACACGUCACACUUCAUGUAUUAAAUCUGCUCUUCUGGUGAAAUUGGUGUUAAAUGUUAAUAAAUUAUAAUGGCGUCCUGUGUUUCCGCA